AUGUCCUCCAUUGUCAUUCCUUCUCUUCAACCUCACUUGCGAUUCCCAUCGUCGCAAGAAACGCCUCAAAGAUCUCGUUCUAGAGUUGGGUUUGUUUCCAUACGUCCAAUCGUCUACGCCGCCGACGGAGUUUCUUCCUCGUCUUCUUCCUCUCUUCGAGUGCCGCAGCGGAUUGUUUCGCCGCCGGAACCCAUCAAGCUUCCUUUGAGGAAGAUUCCUGGUGAUUAUGGGCCACCGAUGUUUGGGGCGUUGAAGGAUAGACAAGAUUAUUUCUAUAAUCAGGGGAGGGAAGAGUAUUUGAAAUCUCGAAUGCUCCGGUAUGAAUCCACUGUGUAUAGAACUAAUAUGCCACCGGGUCCAUUUAUCACUUCUGAUUCCCGAGUUGUUGUUUUACUCGACGGGAAGAGUUUUCCUGUUCUUUUCGAUCAUUCUAAAGUUGAGAAGAAAGAUCUCUUCACCGGAACUUACAUGCCUGUAACAGAGCUCACCGGCGGUUACAGAGUGCUUUCUUAUAUUGACCCAUCUGAGCCCGAUCACGCUAAGCUUAAACAGUUGGUUUUCUUUCUCCUCAAGCACCGCCGGGAUAAAAUUAUGCCGGAAUUUCACUCCACUUUUUCUGAGCUAUUCGAAACUCUGGAAAAGGAUUUGGCUGCUUCUGGUAGAGCAGAGUACAAUGCUCCCGGUGAACAAGCGGCGUUUAAUUUCUUGGCUCGGUCUCUUUUCGGCGCUGAUCCGGUAGAUUCCAAAUUAGGUCGUGACGCCCCGAAACUGAUAGCGAAAUGGGUCUUGUUCCAGCUUGGCCCUGUACUGAGUCUCGGCCUCCCCAAGGUCGUCGAGGAGCUUCUACUCCGCACUGUCCGGCUCCCCCCGGCGUUGAUCAAAGCCGAUUACCGGCGGUUGUACGAAUUCUUUUACAAGUCGUCGGAGGCGGUGUUUGAGGAAGCGGAUAGAUUGGGAAUUUCGAGGGAAGAAGCUUGUCACAACUUGCUAUUCACAACUUGUUUUAAUUCAUUUGGAGGGAUGAAGAUCUUUUUCCCCAACAUGAUCAAAUGGAUCGGCCGAGCCGGAGUGAAUCUCCACACCCAACUCGCACGGGAGAUUCGUACUGCCGUAAAAGCCAACGGCGGAAAAAUCACGAUGGGUGCCAUGGAACAGAUGCCGCUGAUGAAAUCAGUAGUGUACGAAGCGUUCAGAAUCGAGCCGCCAGUUCCGGUUCAGUACGGUCGGGCGAAGAAAGACCUUGUGGUCGAAAGCCACGACGCGGCUUUCGAGAUCAAAGAAGGAGAAAUGAUCUGUGGGUAUCAACCAUUCGCAACAAGAGAUCCAAAAAUCUUCGACAGAGCCGACGAGUUCGUACCUGACCGGUUCACAGGCGACGGUGAGGAGCUGCUAAAACACGUUCUAUGGUCAAACGGACCCGAAACUCAAUCACCGUCGGUUCAGAACAAGCAGUGUGCAGGAAAAGACUUCAUCGUGUUCAUCUCUCGGCUUAUGGUGGUUGAACUUUUCCUCCGCUACGAUUCCUUCGACAUCGAAGCCUCAAACACUCCGUUAGGUGCCGCCGUCACCGUAACUUCCCUAAAGAAAGCAAGUUUCUGA